CGCAUUCCAAUUACGCUUACGGUCGCGCGCACAGUAUAGUUUUGCGAAUUCCAGUGCCGUGAAACAUACAUAAUAAAACACAUAUUUAAUAUUAAAUCAUUGAUUUUAUUUAAAUUAAGAAUAAUAAUAAAAUAUCUAAAAGGAAGUCCUUUAGCGGUGCAUACAUUAAGUGGAAAAAGUAUAUUGACGUUUCUGUAACUUUUAUUUGUAAAUAUGUCUGCAAAAGCUAUAUGUGAAGCCACUGGCAAGGAUAUACUCAAUAGGCAUUUAAACAACAAUGGAGCGGGUGUUGAAGUGUGUCGCUUCGCCACAGUCAAUACAAGUACGGAUUGGUCAAAAUUAGUCAGCAACAAUCCAUGGCUUUUGAAUACACCACUUGUAGUGAAACCUGAUCAACUCAUUAAACGCAGAGGCAAAUUAGGGCUUAUUGGUGUGAAUAAAAAUCUAGAUCAGGUCAAAACAUGGCUGAAGGAACGUAUGAACAAGGAUCAAAAAAUUGGAAAUGCUGUUGGAAAACUUCGAAAUUUCAUUAUUGAACCAUUCGUUCCACAUACUGAUGCUGAUGAAAUGUACGUUUGUGUUUACUCGCAUCGGACCGCUGAUACUAUUUUAUUUUAUCAUCAAGGCGGUGUGGAUAUUGGUGAUGUCGAUGCUAAAGCUUUAAAACUAGAUAUACCGAUCAAUGAGGACAUAACCAUUGAAGCAGUGAAUGCAAAAUUGUUGACUCAUGUAACCGAUAAAGGAAAAAAACAACGAAUUGCCAAUUUUAUUGUUGCACUCUAUAAAACCUAUGUAGACUUGUACUUUACAUAUUUGGAAAUAAAUCCUUUGGUUGUCACAAAAGAUAAUAUGUAUAUACUAGAUUUAGCAGCAAAAUUGGACUCAACAGCUGAUUUUGUUUGUCAUGCUAAAUGGGGAGAAAUUGAUUAUCCUCCACCAUUCGGACGUGAUGCUUAUCCUGAAGAAGCUUAUAUAGCGGACUUAGAUGCUAAAAGCGGCGCUUCACUUAAAUUAACUAUAUUGAAUAGAAAUGGUAGAAUUUGGACAAUGGUUGCUGGUGGUGGAGCUAGUGUUAUUUAUUCGGAUACCAUCUGUGAUUUGGGUGGUUCUACUGAACUAGCCAAUUAUGGUGAAUAUAGUGGAGCUCCUUCAGAACAACAAACUUAUGAAUAUGCCAAAACGAUAUUAACUCUAAUGACCACAUCUCCCAAACAUCCUGAUGGUAAAGUACUCAUAACUGGUGGAGGUAUCGCCAAUUUUACAAAUGUUGCUGCCACCUUUAGAGGCAUUAUAACUGCAUUACGUGAAUUUCAACCAAAAUUGGUUGAACAUAACGUGUCUAUUUUUGUGCGUCGUGCUGGACCCAAUUAUCAGGAGGGUUUACGUAAAAUGCGUGAAUUUGGUAGUUCAUUAGGUAUUCCCUUGCACGUAUUUGGACCAGAAACGCAUAUGACAGCCAUCUGCGGUAUGGCACUUGGUAAACGGCCAAUACCUCAAACAGCUAGCGUGGAAUUCUCCACGGCUAACUUCUUAUUACCUGGUGGACAAGAGGCUGAAUCUGUUAAGAAUCCCUUUGCAAGUUUAAGUAGUGGUAAUGGUUUAGGUUCACCUCAACAAUCGAUUAAACUACCACCUAUCUCAGCAGAUGAUAGAGCAGAUGGAAUCCAUAAUAACGUAGCAAGCAAUACUCGUAAAUAUUUCUCAAGCACAACCAAAGCAAUUGUAUGGGGAAUGCAGCAGAGGGCGGUACAAUCAAUGCUUGAUUUUGACUUUAUAUGCAGACGCGAUGAACCUUCCGUUGUGGCCAUGGUAUAUCCAUUUACUGGUGACCAUAAACAGAAGUUUUACUGGGGACAUAAGGAAGUAUUGAUACCGGUCUAUAAACAAAUGUCUCACGCAAUUAACAAACACAAGGACGUUGAUGUUAUGGUUAAUUUUGCUUCAUUGCGUUCUGCUUAUGAGUCUACAUUGGAGGUUUUAGAAUAUCCUCAAAUUCGAACAGUCGCUAUAAUUGCUGAAGGCAUACCCGAAAAUAUGACCAGAAAAUUGAUUGUGGCUGCAAAUAAAAAAGGUGUGGCUAUUAUUGGACCAGCCACAGUUGGUGGCGUUAAACCAGGCUGUUUCAAAAUAGGCAACACAGGUGGAAUGUUAGAUAAUAUUUUACAUUCGAAAUUAUACCGACCGGGUAGUGUAGCAUAUGUGUCACGUUCAGGUGGCAUGUCAAACGAAUUAAAUAACAUUGUUUCCAAAGCAACUGAUGGUGUAUUGGAGGGCAUUGCUAUAGGUGGUGAUCGGUACCCUGGUACCACUUUUAUGGAUCACAUUUUGCGUUAUCAAGCAGAUCCAGAAGCUAAACUAUUAGUACUGCUUGGAGAAGUAGGCGGUACGGAAGAGUACGAGGUGUGUGCCGCCUUAAAAGACGGUCGUAUCACAAAACCACUAGUAGCUUGGUGUAUUGGUACUUGUGCAAGUAUGUUCACGUCAGAGGUACAAUUUGGCCAUGCAGGUUCAUGCGCAAAUUCUGAUCGUGAAACUGCAACUGUAAAGAAUAAAGCACUCAGAGAUGCUGGAGCAUAUGUACCAGAUUCAUUUGACACACUAGGCGAUCUCAUACAACAAGUUUAUGCAGAACUAGUUAAAUCCGGCCGAAUUGUACCAAAAGAAGAGGUACCACCACCAACAGUGCCAAUGGACUAUUCAUGGGCACGCGAACUUGGUUUAAUACGUAAACCAGCGUCAUUCAUGACAUCAAUUUGUGAUGAACGUGGUCAAGAAUUGCUUUAUGCGGGUAUGCCAAUUAGUGAAGUGCUUAAUAAAGAUGUUGGUAUUGGUGGUGUAAUAUCGUUGCUAUGGUUCCAGCGUUGUCUUCCACCUUAUGUUUGCAAAUUCUUUGAAAUGUGUCUUAUGGUGACUGCUGACCAUGGUCCAGCUGUAUCAGGUGCUCACAACACAAUAGUUUGCGCUCGUGCUGGAAAGGAUUUAGUUUCCUCUGUUGUAAGCGGAUUAUUAACAAUUGGAGAUCGUUUCGGUGGUGCUCUUGAUGGUGCGGCUCGCCAAUUCUCUGAAGCGUAUGACUCUAAUUUACAUCCAAUGGAAUUUGUUAAUCAAAUGCGAAAAAAGGGUCAACUCAUUAUGGGUAUUGGUCAUCGUGUAAAAUCAAUUAAUAAUCCUGAUGUACGUGUAAAAAUAAUCAAAGAAUUUGUUAUGGAAAACUUCCCCUCGUAUCCAUUAUUAAACUAUGCACUAGAAGUUGAAAAAAUAACCACAAGCAAGAAGCCAAAUCUAAUUUUAAAUGUUGACGGUGUUAUUGCCACAUGUUUUGUAGAUUUAUUACGAAAUUGCGGAUCUUUCACCAGUGAGGAAGCACAAGAGUACAUUAAUAUUGGCGCUAUAAACUCAUUAUUUGUACUUGGUCGCAGCAUAGGAUUUAUUGGCCAUUAUAUGGAUCAGAAACGUCUCAAACAAGGUCUCUACCGCCAUCCAUGGGAUGAUAUCUCAUAUGUUAUGCCAGAAAAUUUCAAUUAAGAUCAGAAUUUAAUUGUUUCGGCAGUAAUAAAUUAGUUUAACAAUACAGAAAAUUAAAACACUCCAUAAUUUAUAUUUACGUUAUUGUUGUUGCAAAACAAAACGCUUAGCGUCUCAUUUAAGUUUGCAUUUAUAGAUUCUUUAUUAAAUUAUUUAUCUUUUUUGAAACAAUAUUAAAAAAAGGACAUUGGAACUAAUUUGACAUU